CGCCGCCGAUCUGCUUCCGCCGGCUAGAUGCUGUUGACAACUAAGCUGAACUGAUUUGAGUGGACAGCUAUGAAGAAUGCUGAGUGCAGUGGCAUUGGGCAAGUAUUCAGUAAAUUGGUGGAAGAGAUUGGAAGUCCAGUUGACUUUGAACUUCCUGAAUGGUUGAAUAAAUGGAAAUCUACACCCUACUCCUUUAUAAAGCGCAAUAUCUAUCUUUCUAAGAGGAAUAAAAGGCGUCUGGAGGAUGAUGGCAUCUUUUGUUCCUGCAACUCUUCAGAUGGAUCAUCUCUUGUUUGUGGUAGAGAUUGCCUCUGUGGCAUGCUGAUGUCGAGCUGCUCUUCCGGCUGUAAAUGUGGAAGCUUUUGUCUGAAUAAACCGUUCCACCAACGACCCGUGAAGAAAAUGAAACUAGUGAAGGUAAAACCUCUGGUUUGAUAUGCCACACUAUAAGGAAACAUUU